UUCCACACGCCUCCAAUCCAUCCAUCGAUAUCAUAUUCCGACGUGCAUGAGCCAUGACCACUUUGAAGUUCUGUUCAAACAAAUCGAGUCUCUCCGGCACUAUAUAUAUAUCUCCCUAGCUAGCUCGUCUAUCAAAUAUCUGAAUACCAAACAUUCAUUCUAUACUAGUAGCACACAGCUAGGUAUUCUUGAGGUACUAUUCGUCCAGCUAUAGGAAAGAUGGGAAAGCUGGAAGCGUCGGUUGCGAUGCUCGCCCUUGCCUUGGUUCUUGGCCUCGUGUCCGGCGGCAACUUUUACGACGAAUGCGACGCUACGUGGGAGCCCCAGAACUGCUGGACCUACGACGGCGGCAACAGCCUCUCCCUCGCCCUCGUCAGCAACUCCUCAGGCUCGAUGAUCAGGUCCAAGAGGCAGUUCAUCUAUGGAACAGUGUCGACCAUGAUCCAGCUCGUCAAGGGCGACUCCGCUGGCACCGUCACGACGUACUACACAUCGUCGGUAGGGGAUGACCACGACGAGAUCGACUUCGAGUUCCUGGGGAACGAGACGGGGCAGCCCUACACGCUGCACACCAACGUCUAUGCCGCCGGCGUCGGCGACAAAGAGAUGCAGUUCCGCCCCUGGUUCGACCCCACCGACGGCUACCACAACUACACCAUCUCCUGGACGCCCUGCACGAUCGUCUGGUACGUCGACGGGACGCCCAUCAGGGCGUUCCGCAAUUACGAGCACACCCACGGUGUGGCGUUCCCGACGAGCCGCCCCAUGUACGCCUACUCCAGCAUCUGGGCGGCCGAGGACUGGGCCACGCAGGGUGGCCGCGUCAGGGCCGACUGGACCCGCGCGCCCUUCGUUGCCAGCUACCGCGGCAUUGAUCUUGAUGUUUGCGAGUGCUACGGCGGCGACUGCGUCUACACCUGCGCCGGGGCGUUCGGGGGCUGCGGCGGUCUCACCGGCGAACAGCGGGGGAAGAUGCGGUGGGUGCAGCACAACUACAGGAUCUACGACUACUGCGCCGACCGCGAGGGCAGCAAGGUGCCAGGCAUCGAGUGCACCCUGCCGCAGUACUGAUGAAGAGCAUUCAUUGUUCUUCAUGCCGUUGCCAACCACGUAUUUUGCACUUUCCACAGACUACGUUGGACUUCUUUUUUCUCCUCUGUUCAAAAUCCGUUAUUUUAUUUGCAGGCGUUAUGUAGAGGAAAAAAAACAAGACCAGAGAGGCAAGCACCCCUCGGCAUAUUUUAUUUUAUAGAAAAACGAGAAACACGGUUGAAUAUCCGCUCCCCGUGGGGAUUGAACACGGUCAGCCUGGAGCACAAGAUAGUGCCCCUACCGCUGAGCUAGCGCUCAGUCUAUUUACUA